GAGGCGCACACAUGUCAUCUCUCUCGGCUCGGGGAAGAACCGCGGCGGCGCUUAUCAAGGUUAUGACUGGACUACGUGCUAUUGCUGUUGCGUUUCCUCCUUGACUCUGGCAGCCAAGUGGAUCUGACAUCAGUCCUCAAUCGGUGAGUUCUGAGUUUACUUCGCAGUUCGCAAUAUUGUAGGAUCUUCGACACUUUCUUAUACCGCGCUGCUGUUGCGUGGUACAUCCAUUAUUUGUUUGUGUUUUGGAACAUCAGUGUUCAGUAGUGUGCAGUGCACGUUGCACCUAUUGCAGUUUGACAGAGUGCAUAGAAGAGAAUAAUCAUGCCAGACGCGUACGAGAACUACUCGGCAUACUCCCAGGUGCAGAGUCUCACUCCCUUGACGCCUGUGCACCUACAGCCGGAGAGCUUUUUUACCUAUAACUAUGAUCAGCGCACCAUGAGUACAGCUGGCUCGUUUAGUCCAUCCUCUGUGGAGUCCCCAUUGAUGGAUACCUGCGAGAAUUUAAACCUGUCCACUGAACAGGUCAUCACCAUCAUUGGCAAUCCCAUUGACCAGAAUGCAAUAUAUGCUAUACCUAACAAUUCAACAGAACUCAAAAUCGUUGUCCAACCGGUAGACAAAUUUAGAUUUAGGUACAAGUCCGAGAUGAUGGGGACUCAUGGAAGUCUCCUUGGUGAAAGAGAAGAAACUAGCCAUAAGAAAGAAGUUCCUACCGCGCAGUUAAUCAACUGCCAUUUGCCGGAAGCAGUGAUUAGAUGUACCCUGGUUACUGCUGAUGAGGACAGAAGAUUUCCUCAUGCUCAUCACUUAGUGAAAAAGGAUGGAAAUUCAGAUAAGGAUGAUCCUCAUGAUAUCAACGUUUCUCGUGAAAACAAUUAUACUGCAAUGUUUUGCAAUAUGGGAAUUAUACACACAGCCAAGAAAAAUAUUAAAGAAGAAAUUAUGAGAAAGAGAAAAAUUGAAGUUAUGGAGGAGAAGAAAAGAAAGAAUUUCGAGAACCCAGUUAUCAGCACACGAGAGGAUUUGGAGAUGAAAAUGGAAGCUGAAAAAGCUCAAAAAUGGAUGAAUCUGAACAGUGUAGCACUCUGCUUUCAAGGUUUUGCUCCUGGCGCAAAUGAUGUUUUGAUUCCAAUAACAGAGAAGGUAUAUUCUCGACCCAUCAACAAUCUUAAAAGUGCAUUGACCGGUGAACUUAAAAUUUGUCGCAUUGACAAACACACAAGUUCUUGUGAAGGAAAUGAAGAAGUCUGGUUAUUAGUGGAAAAAGUUGGUAAAAAAAAUAUCAAAGUUAUAUUUUAUGAAGUUGACGAGAAAGAUAAUACUAUAUGGAGCGCAGAAGGACGAUUUUCGGAACUUGAUGUACAUCAUCAAUAUGCGAUUGUAUUUAAAACGCCUUCCUAUAAAGAUGUGAACAUAACGCAGCCAGUAGAAGUUCUACUGAAACUUGAGAGGCCAUCGGAUGGAGAAACUUCCAACAGUAUAACAUUUGUUUACAAACCAUCGGAUAAAGUACUUAACAGAAAACGUCCGCGCUUAUCCACAUCUGGAAGCAUGGAAUUCGCGCAUAGUCCGGUUCCAGCUCCUCAAUUAGAUAUCUGCAUGCCGAUGGCAGAAACUUGUAUCAACCUAGGCGAGGAGAAUAUAUCAAAUCUUUCUGGAGAAAUCAAGAAAUUACUCAAUGAUGGUCAGCAUUGUAAUUCUGCAGAUCUCGACGAAUUUUUGAAAGAUAACUCUUCGUUAGAAAAGUUUUACAAUUUGCUUCCAUCGAACUUUGUAGAUGGUGUGGAUACAGAUGGUGGUGGUCCAACUGAAUUUGAAAGAUCACAGCAAGACUUUGCCAAUGAUAGUCUCAGAAAAGUGACGAACGUUCUAAAAGAAGCCGAUGGAACGCCUGGCUCUAAGAGAAUGACAAUAGACAAGAUUCAGGAUCUAUUACAGGAGUCAACUAUUUUCGGAGAUACUCCGUUGCACUUCUCUUUACGUCACGAGCAGUUUGAUACCGCUAAAUAUCUGUUACUAAUUCUUGGUAGCGAUCCAUCGUUCAAGGCUAUUGUUAACAUGCAGAAUAGUGCACAAAAGACCCCACUUCAUAUGGCGGUUCUUCAAAAUCAAGCCGACAUAGUUCGAGCCCUUUUGAGACUUGGGGCUGACCCGAACUUGUGCGAUGAAGAAGAUGCAUCAUCAUUGCAUAAUGCCGUUAUUGUAAAUGCGAACGCGUGCAUCGACGAGCUGCUGAAGUCCAACGUCAAGUUGAAUCUGGAGGCGCAUACUGAGGCUGGCUGGUCAGCGCUGCACCUGGCCGCCAAAGUUGGCUCGUUACACGCUGUCAAGGCUCUCAUCGAGGCCGGCGCCGAUGUCAAUUCAACGGACAUGUCCUACGGAAGAACAGCGCUGCAUAUCGCUGUGGAUAGCAAUCACAAACACAUCGUCGAGUACCUUUUGACAAAAACCAAUAUUCAUGUAAACACGAAGAACUUUGGAGGUAAUACUGCUCUGCACAGCGCAGUCGUCAAAGGAGGCAAGUGUGCCGAGGAACUGAUAAAAAUUCUAAAGAAGCACGGGGCUGAUCCACAGAUCAGGAAUAACAACAUCAAUCGAGAUGAAGAGGAUGAAGACAACAGUCUUCUUCCGCCAAUCCAUACACCGAUAGACAGUUCCGCUACGCCUACCAUAAAGAGCGAGAGUAGUGACUCCGAAGAUGAUGCCCCCCGACCUGGAGAAUCUUCUUUCGACCUAGCUAAGGGCGAUCCUAAACUCAUGCAGUUGCUAAGCGAAGGAAAACCAGACGAUCCCAUCCAAGAGGAGCUCGACCUUAAAGAAGAGUCCGAGGACGAAAUGAUGCUACAAGAUCGAGCAAUAUUGCAAGCUUCGCGUACCUUUAGUCAGGGUAGGAGAAUUAGUACCCAAGAGCGGCCAGCUGUUCAACCAACGGUGACAAAGACUUCACCGACCACGAAACCUCAAUUGCAACCGGCUAGGCCUGGUGAUGAGAAGCUCUCGGACGCGCAUGUAAAUCGCAUACUGCAUAUCCUAGAUAGGACUGGAGGAUGGGAACGACUGGCUCAACACACGAAUCACGGAUCGCUGGUCAGACUUUACAAGAAGAUGAAGAGUCCUUCAAAGGCAUUGUUUGUUAAAAUAAGGUUGCAGAAUCCAGAUAUCACAGUAAGACAAGUGAAGAAGCUGCUGAUCGAGGUACAGGCAUUCGAAGCUGCCACUGCUUUGGAAACCGGCAGAUAGGUUUAAGACACUUAUUUUAUAUAAUUAGGCUAAAUGUAAUAUUUUUAUAUUAGAUGUUAUAUAUUAUUAUUAAGUAGUAAUAAAUUUUAUUCCAUAUAUAACUGCACUGUA